CAGAACAGUUACUCCUCAGUUGCAAUCGAAACUUGAAGUGAGAAGUGUUAUUAUAAAUACUUCCUCUGUAUUUAAUAAAAAUAUAGAAAAAAUAAAUAAAUCAAAUUAAAUUAAAUGGCUCUUGUUAGAAAUUUGAGACGCGUAAUUUCUGUGACGUCAGUUAUGUCACGAGUUAGCCGAGUUAGCAAUUACAAGUUCACUUACCUCAAUAAUGUACAUCCGAGGUUUACUUCUACCAGCCAACCUCUCCAAGAUGCUGAAGAGGUUAAGGUGACAUUUAUCCGCGCCAGCGGAGAAAAGAUUCAAGCCAAAGGAAAGGUUGGAGACAGCCUGCUUGACAUUGUUGUAAAUAAUGAAAUAGAUUUAGAUGGUUAUGGUGCAUGUGAAGGAACUUUGACAUGUAGUACCUGUCAUUUAAUAUUACCAAAAGAAAUUUACGAUUCCUUACCUGAUCCACCCACCGACGAAGAAUUAGACAUGUUGGACCUGGCUUACGAUCUCUGUGACACGUCACGACUAGGAUGCCAAAUUAUCAUGACUAAAGAACUUGAUGGCCUAGAAGUCCGAGUACCUACAACAAUAAACGACGCAAGAGCAUAAUUGUUAAAUUAAUAAUAAUAAAAAAAAAUAGGUCACAAUUUUUAUAAAUAAUGAUAAUAAUAAUA